AUGCAGCUAUCGUGCAGUCAUGGCGCCUUACAAGGACUUGGCAGGCCAUUUAGCAGGUCUUUUCUUGGGGCUUAUGCUUCGCGCAGCUCAAACCGACCUCCGACCUUGAGGAAGAGCCUGUGCACGAUGCUUCCUUUUUGGCUACCAAUGCUGUGUGAUGUUCGACGAUGUCGCAGGUCCUCUGCGCUGCAGAGGCGUUUCGGAGGGGCACUCCAACGCCGAGUUUCCAGCCGCAGGCUUGAGAUCCAACAGAACGACUUCGCUUUGGGUGGCCAAAAGCACCGGAUCUUGUCGGGGUCCGUGAGCUACUUCCGGGUUCUGCCUGAACAAUGGCGAGAUCGACUCGAAAAACUGAAGGCUCUUGGUUGCAAUGCCGCUGAAGUCUACGUUCCCUGGAAUUUGCAUGAACCUCAACCUGGUCAGUUUGUUUUCGAGGGUCGCUGUGACCUGCUUAGUUUUCUUUCUAUUUGCCAAGAGCUUGAGCUGGAUGUGCUUUUGAGACCUGGACCCUAUAUUUGUGCCGAAUGGGAUCUUGGAGGGUUGCCCUGGUGGUUAUUGACAGGUCCAGAUCCUGUACCUUUGAGGUCGUCGGACAAAGACUUCCUGACGGCUGUAAAACGUUGGUGGGACGAGCUUUUGCCCAAACUUGAGGCAUUUUUGUCCGCCCAGGGUGGGCCCAUCAUCGCCAUACAGGUGGAGAAUGAGUAUGGCUACUGGGGCACAGAUAAGGACUAUUUAGAAAGCUUGAGACAGAUGUUGCUAAAUCAAUUUGGCUCUGAUUGCCCACUACUGUUCACCAGUGAUGGCACUUUUUGGCCCGACCUUCAGCAAAACGGGGGCUUGGAUUCUAUGCUACGUACAGCCAACUUCGGGUCAGAUCCUCAACAGCGACUGCAAGAGCUGCGAUCAGCGCAGCCUCAAGGGCCACUUUGCAACAUGGAGUUCUGGAUAGGCUGGUUUGAUGCGUGGGGAGCUUUGACAGGAAAGAGCUUCCGAGAUCCUUCUGAUGUUGCACAAACUUUGCACAACACGCUAGAUGCUGGCGCAUCAGUGAACUUCUUUGUAUUUCAUGGAGGCACUUCUUUUGGCUUUUGUGGGCCUGGUGGUAACUUGUCUAGUGUUGGCCUGUACGAACCGCAAGUGACCUCGUAUGACUACGGUGGUCUUCUUGACGAGGCUGGCGAAGUUACAGAAAAGUAUUUGCAAUGCAGGAAAGUCUUGGCAAAUUUUUUGCAGAAGCCCGAUUUACUUGAGAAGACUUUCCCAACAGCAAGGCGGUUGCCCGAGUCCCCUCCAUUGGAAUUGGAGUCAACUCUGUCUUUGGAAGACGCUCUCCCUGCGUUAACUAGUGAUGGUGCAACCUGCAUCAAGUCUGCUGUACCUUUGCCCGCAGAGCAAGUUGGCCUUGGAUAUGGAUACAUCAUGUAUCGUGCUCAGGUCCCAUCGACAAACAAGCUGCCCUUGACAUUUGGUAAAGAUUCUAUCAGAGAUUUCGCAAGUAUCAUGAGUGGGGGACGAGUUUUGGGCACAAUUUACCGGAAUGACUCAGGGCCGGGAUGCCGUGAAUUCGAGCUGCCUGAGCAGGGCUGUCAGCUGGAAGUCCUGGUUGAGAUGAUGGGACGGGUGAAUUUUGGCCCCGCGCUUCUGACAGAAAGAAAGGGCUUGGUGGGUCCUGGAAGGGUGCAGCUAGGAACACCAUUCACAGGUCCCAUGCGCGCUGUAUUGGGCUGGGAGAUUCUUCCGCUUCCAAUGGAAGAACAAGAUUUGGCAAGAAUUCCAUGGGGUAUGGAUGUUUCUAUGGGGAAAAGAACUUCUCGUUGGAAUCGUGGCCCUCGUUUUUAUCGUUUCGCCUUACAUGUACAGCAGCCAGCAGAUAGAUUUUUGGCCUUGGACGGCUUCAACAAAGGCUUUGCUUGUAUCAAUGGCUUCAACCUGGGGCGCUACUGGAAGGUGGGACCUCAGAGAUCGCUGUAUAUUCCUGGGCCACUUCUUCGGAGGGGUCGCAAUGAGAUCAUUAUUUUCGACAUCGACAGUCCUUCCUGUGGUACCAAAGAUGCACCCCCUGCUCCGCGAGUGGUGUCCAAGCCUAUUUGGUCAUCAGGCAUGUUGCCCGAAGGAGCAAAGGAAGCUGCUGCUUCAGUGUCCAGUUUUUUCAAGUCCUGGACGUCCUGA